AUGUAUGCAUGUAUCUAUCUAUCUAUCUGUCGAUUCCAGUCUGUUCAUUACCUAUCUAUCUAUCUAUCUAUCAUCUAUUUAUCUAUCUAUCUAUCUAUCUAUCUAUUCCAGACACUUCUUCCUCUUUUCCUUUUUUUUUCGUGUUUCUUGAUUGUUUCUUCUAUCUAUCUGCCUGUUUUAUUCAUUCUCUCAAUAUCUGUCUAUCUCUCGCUCCAGUGUCACUUUUACCUCUCUCGCGCGAAUUUGUCUCUCUCUCUCGCAAAUGUUAAGUCAAAAUUUUUCCUUUCGGCAAUGGAAAUUCAUUUCUUUCAUUCUCAUCCUUUUUUUAAUCGAUUUACCUUUUUUUCUUCCUUUCUUUCUUUAAACUUUAAUUUCUUUUUUUCUUUCUUUCAUUCUUUCUAUUGUUCUUCCUUUUCUAUUUUAUGCUUGAGUUUCAUCUUUUCUUUCUUUGAUUUUCAUUUUGUGUCUUUCUUUUUUUGUAAAGAUUAUUUUUAUCUUUGGAAAUUAUAUCCAACUUUUGUAGUUUUAGGAUUUCUUUUUUCUUUCUUAUGUCUUUUUCAAGUUUUCUUUCUUUCUUUUUUUUAUUUCUUUUUUUCUUUCCUCUUUCUUUCUUUAAAAUUUUUUCUUCUUUUUUCAUCGACAUUUAAAAAUUCAUUUUUUCUUCCUCUCUCUUAUAUCUAUUAUCUAAUUAUCUAUCUAUCUCAGCCCUUUUAUAUUUUUAUCUAUUCAAUGUCUUCAUUAUCUAUCUAUCUUUGGGUCUUAAUUAUCUAUCUAUCUAUUAUUAUCUAUCUAUUUUAUCUUUCAUAUCUAUCUAUUAUCUAUUUAUCUUCUUUCUUAUGUCUCUCUCUUUUUUUGGAAUCUUUCUUUUUUAAUUUUUGA